AUGAAUAAUUCAGAUAAUCAAUAAAAACAAGAAUCAUAAUAAACUUAAACAAUAGAUUAUUUUUAAGAAUUAAAUGCUGUCAGAGGUUAAUUUGUAGUUAAUAUUUCAUCAUUAGAAAGGACUAUAUUUCAAUUACUUAGAAAUUAUCCAGAAGUAUUCUUAUAUAAUUAAUAAUUAUUUUUUGAUUUUGAGAAGAAAAGAAUUAAUGUGAUAUUAGAAAAUGGAUUAUUGUUAGGUAGUGGUGCAUAUGGAAAUGUAUAUUCAACUAUAAAUCCAAAUAAUAAUUAGCCAGCUGCUUUAAAAGUUUAAGGAAAUUGUGAUUUUGAUUAUGUUUUAUAAUAAGCAGAAGAAUUUAGAUUGCAAAAAAAGAUUGCAGAAAAAUAUCCAGAAUGCAUAAUUUAAAUACAAAAUUAAAUACAUAUAAGUUAGAAAUAUAUGAAUACUUAUCGAAUGUAUGCUUAUUUAGACCUUGGACUUGGAAAUUUAAAAGAAUACUUAAAAUAAUUAAAGAAAUUUAAUGAUUUACAAUUUAAUAAUCUUUUUGAUUGUAUUUUAGAUAGUAUUAUUAAAAUUCACUCACUUUAAAUUGCUCAUGGAGAUAUUAAAUUAGAAAAUAUUAUAAAUACCAUACAAAAAGGUUGGGUAUUAGCUGAUUUUGGAUGUGCAAUUUAAUAUUCUACUCCUUUUGGUGAAUAUCCAAUUGUUGGAACUAAAAUUUAUAUGUAGAAAAAACAAAGAUAAGCUUUAUAAAAUAAUUUAAAGAGGGUUAAGAUGAAUUUAUUUAAAAAAGAUAUCUAUGCAUUUUAAUUAGUUAUGCUUUAAAUACUAUUCCCUGAAGAUAGUAUAAUUAAUUUAUAAUACAUUUUAGAUGAAUAAUUAAAAGUGCAUCCUAAAAUAGAUUCUCUCUACAAUAAAGAUUAUAUUUUUAUAAAAUAAAAAUUUAAUUAAAUAAAAUUCAUAAGAUCACCAUAAAUUUAAGAGAUACUAUUAACUAAAGAAGAUAUAAAAAUGAAUCAGGAAGAUCAAUUUUAUCUUAAUUAAAUUCAUAAAAUAUUUUAAAACAUAUUGGAUCUGCCUUAAAAUCCAUAAACGAUAAUUUGGGGUUAAGAAAUCUUAAAUAUUACUCAUUUUAAAUUUACUAAUUAAGAUGAAAAAAUUAAGUAGAUAAUGAUAAUUGAUCAAUUUAUUAGUAAAUAUUUUGAAAAUUCAACAGCAGACGAAAUCUUUGAAGAAAUUUCAUUUGAAAAUUUAACAAAAUUAGAAUAUGAUUUAUACUUAGAUAUUUUAGAAAAGAAAGGCUCGAAAAUGCUUUAAUUGAUGCUUUGUCAGGGUUAUUAGGCUGUUUAAGGAGAAUUUAAUUGUAAUUUAAAAUUACAGGAAGCAGAGUUGCUUUAUAUUAUAGGUGAAAUGGAUUAAGCAAAAAAUACCAUAAAUAGUAUUCAAAAUGAGCUUGAACUGGAGAAUGAUGAGUCGAUACUUAAAUUUUUUUGCUUAAAAUCUCGAUUGAAUAAUACUUGGAUUUAAACAAGAGAUGAAAUCAUUUCUUAUUUAAUAAAUUAUAAAAGUUUUUAUUAAAUCUUACUUGAAUGGAAGUUUAUAUUGAUUGAUUCUAUAUGGUUAAGUAAAUCAAAUGGGAUGUAGAACUACAUUUAUCAUAAAGAUUAAUAUAAGAUUUUUAAUUUUAUUGAUUAAAUAGGCAGUAAAAAUAUAUCAAAUAUGCAUGUAAUAUAAGAAUUGAUAAAUUCUAAAGAAAGGUAGCAGCCUUAAGCUUUUAAUAUGGAAUAAGAAAUUUAUAAUUCAAAUUAAAUAAAUAAAGAAUAAUUUAAUAAUAUAAUGGAAGUUUUGUAAAAUUCUCGUUUUGAUAAAUAUAUGAUAUUUUAUUAGGGUUGGAUAUAUUUUGAGGCUAUUAAAUUCAAUAAUAUAGACUAAUUGUUUAUUGAAGAAUUUAUAAAAUAUAUAGAUGAAAAUCUAUAGAAUUAUUAUUUUAAUUGGGUAAUCUAUGAUUUUUAUGCUUAAUUUCUAACUUAUUAAAGAAAAUACUAUUUGGCAAAGAUUUAUUUUAAUAAAGCAUAUUAAAUAAUACUAAAUGAUUGUAUCUAUAAUUAAUUUCUUCUUUUGAGUCAUUUAUUUUUAAUGUAAGUUCAAGAAGAUAAUUUUGAAUGUAUUGAUUCGUUUACUUAAAUGAUUAAUCUUCUAAAUUAAAUGCCAAAAACUACAAUUACCUAAUAUCUUUUUAUAACCUAAUUUUGUUUAAUUGAAUACACAAGUUAAAUUUUACCUUUACUAAAUUUAAGAGAUUUUUUAGACUAAGCAAAAUCAGUAAUAACUUCUUCGCUAAAAAGAAUUAAUUAAACAUUUAAUUACUUUUAUUAAAAAAGCUAUGCUAUUAAAAAAAAUGAUUUUUGUGCAUUCCAAUAACUGAUGUGGAAUGAAUUACCAAAGAUAUAAGAAGAAUCAGGAAAAGAGAAUGAAUAUAUAAUCCUUGAGAGCUUUAACUCAUUGAUUCUGAUGUUAGAUAAUAAAAAUAUUGGAUAAGAAAUUGAGACUAGAUAUACAUCAAGAAUGAUAUAAUUAUUUAUAAUUUUAAAUUCAUUAGGUUACGAUGAAGAACACUUUCCUUUUUCGAUUGUUGAUGCAACUUUUUAUUUCUAUGCUAGAACAUGUUUUAAGAAAGGUGAAGGUAUAGAAUUUGAAAAAUCGAAACAAUUUUUUGAGUUUUUUAUUGCAAACAAAUAUUGGUUUUUUUAUUGAAAG